AUGUAUAACCCGCAAAAUCCUAAUCAUCAGCAAUAAUAUAUGAGGCAGAUGCCGUAUAAUAUCGGUGGAGCUCCACCUAUGGGUGCAUUACAAUAAAUUUAGCCUCCCAUACCUAUAAUUCCUGGAUAGCAGCAGCAAUUGAUGACUCCGAGAGAGUAUCUCGACACAUUCAGAUAAGGACUUCGAGUAAUAAGCAAACCUGAUGGCGCAAUGAUUUAAGAGCUAACCAAUUAUGCUAAAUUUUGUCAUGGAUAGUACUCAAGGCAAAUAGUUGACUCUAUAUUUGAAAGAAUAAGAUCAGUUUCAUAAAAUAAGCUAAUCAUCAUCUAUAUUUUGGACAGUAUUCUAAAGAACGUUUAAGGUGAUUACAUUAGAUUGUUCUAAUCAAGGAUAAUGGAGAUAUUUGAAGAUGCUUUCAGUUCACCUAACCUAGGCGAAAAAAGGUCACUUAUUAAGAUGUUCAAAACCUGGGAUCUUUUUUUCUAACCAAAUUUACUUGAAAAUAUUGCUCAUAGAUGCCAGCUUAAUGAAUAUGAAGAUAGAUUAUUAAGUGCUGAAGAUAGGGACAAGGUUAACAGAUUUAGAAGAGAAUUCGAACCAAGAAACCUACCAGAUGAAGUAAUGAGAAAUGGUUAGUUCAUAGCUGGAAGUGAGAGCUAGAUGAAUGCAUAAAGAAUAAAUAAUGGAAGAGAUAUGUUUAACUAAGGCUAGUUUUUAAAUUAGAUUGGUGGAAUGAAUUACCCAGUUGGCGGUGGUAAUCCACCUGAGUCUAAUCAGCCAGGUAUGAUUCCUCUCGGAGGUAAUCAAGGAGGUGGAUAGUAACAAAAUUUAAUGAUGUCUACUAACAUUACUUAAAAUACUAUUGAAAGGGAUUUAAGGACAUAACAAAACUACAAUUAACCGAGUAACUUAGCUUCGAUUUUUGAAAGGCUUGGUGCAUUAAAUCAAAAAAGGGUUGAUAAUUAAGGCUCAGAUUAAAUGGUACAGCCUCAUGGAUUGCAUUAGCUCCCAGCAAAUUAAUAAUUCCAGCAUCAAUAGUAGCCUUAAUACCAAAUUGACCAGUUUUCAUAAGCAAUAGGCUCAAGCAAUAGAGCUAAUGGUUAAGGAUAUCUUGGAGGAAUAGUUGUAGGAGGCAUUGAGGAAGGAAAAUCGCAUAUUUAGCAUCAGUAAAACCAUAUUUAAGGAGCAAGAGGACAUCAAAUCAUUCAGUAUUCAAAUGGAAGUGGAUCAUAUGGUGGCAGCGGCUUAGUUGGACAACCUCAUGGAGGUGUUAUGAGCAGAGGCGGUCAAAUGUAUACUAAAACUCAUAUUGAUGAUAAUUUUCAAAAUAAAACAAAUGUUGAUCAUACUCAAUUCGGUUUCUUGCCCUCUAUUUUAAAGUCUUUCCAAUAAUUCAAAACAAAUCAUAUGCUUAUAUUAGGUUAAGACUCCAGACUAAGCAUGCAAGGUAGCACAAGACCUCCUUCUUUCGAUAAUAUCAACUCAUUGAAAGAGCUAAACUUCUUAGCCAUUAAUGAAGUUUAUGAAGGAGUAAAGUUUUAAUGUGCCAUUUGCGGAAUGAGAUUCAUUAGAAAUUAGAUAUUGAAAAAGCAUCUAGAUAUGCAUUUCAAUAAGAAUAAUGAAUUCAGAAGAAGGGGAAAUAGGGCGGUAUCAAGGCCUCAAUUUAUGAAUGAAAAAGAGUUUGUGUAGCCCAGAGCUCAGCAAUAAAAUUAAAAAGCAGGAGGCUAGUCAGGCAAUUAGAAUUAGAAAAUUACAGAUGAUAUGGUACCAUACAAUAACAGAGAAACUGCUUGCUUUAUCUGUAAAGAGGUAUUUGAUGUGGUAUUUGAUGAUGAGGAGGAAGCUUGGUAUUUUAUGUCAGCAAAGAAAAUAAGAUUAAAUACCAAAGAGAAUAAAAAGUCAACAAUCGUUGUCCACUCAGAUUGCAUGAAGUAAAUAGAGCUAAACAGGGAGCUCCAAAAAUAAUUGAAGGACUCAGCUGUUGUUUAAAACGGCCAUCCGGACAAACUUACUGUCUAAAGGAGUGCAUCGACUAACCUCUCUAAUCCUGGAAUUUAAGUAAUUACUUAAGAAGAUAAGAACUAAAAUCUACAACUCUAUAAUCAUACUUCCGGUACUAAAAAUUGUAAUGAAAUCGAAAAUCAUAGCUCUUCUAAGCAAUAUGAGGGUGAUUCUGAAUUGAUAAAUGGAAAUACUCACGGUGAUGUUAUCUAUCAAUAAUUGAAAGAAAGAGUUGAUUUAGAGGCACUAGAAAAGUAAAUUCGGGGAAUUAAGAGCAGCAAAAGACAGUUUCUGGGAAUUUGA